CUCUGUUAUAACACAUAAGGGCUGCCUAAUUCUGUCCCUUUGAGGCCAUCAUCUAAGUAAACGCUGAGUAUAUUUCCUGUCUCCGUCCAUCGCACACAUCCUUCAUCAACAUUCAUCUUAAACCAAGUCCUCUGGCUCUAAACCCCCUCAAACCCCUCAUUGCCAACUCCGUCACCCGAGUGCAACCAUGUUCGACGCCGACAAAUGGCGGCAGCCUUACCAUCCAUCACGACGGCAUCCACGCCGUGACCUAACGCUGCGAUACUUCGAGAUCAUGUUCUCUAUCGUGGUUGUCGUGCUCUCAUUCCCUUAUGUCUUCCGCGUGCCGCCCAACUUGGUCGCUAGCUCCAAGUACCAUGGGCGGCCCGACGGAGUCACAAAUGCAUAUUUUGUGCUCUCGAUGCUAUUUGGAUUUUUCAUGACUGCCCUCACAAUAAUCAUCUGCGCUGUGCGCAUCUGGCUGCUGCACUUCCGCCCUGGCCGUGCCACCAGUACCUCGACCUCCCUCAACCAAUUCAAUGCCAACCCCCACGACUCGCGGAAUGUUCGCUGGAUCAUUCACCGCUCGCGUACAAACCAGGAUAGCGGGCUGCUGCUGUUCUGGAUCUUGUCGCUCAUAUGGUGGAACGUUGCACGAGUGCUUCCUAUUGGUGCCCAGUAUCCCGUCGUCAGCGACCUGCUGCAGAUUAUUAUUAGUAUUAUUGUUGCCCUUCAAAUUAUCCUGCUCAUAUUUAGCCUGCGAAUUGGGAUGGCAGAUUCAAGGAACGCUCGAGCCGGGCUCUAGUUUGAUAGGAGAGAUAUAUAUGAUCGAGGACAGUAAGGAUGUAUGGGAUGAAGAGAAGAUGAUGAGGGGAGGAAUGGGAGGCAAAUCACGACUAACGGCUAAUUGUUUUAUUUGGUUUAUGGUAUAGCAGAGUUGUUUGGAUAGUUUGAUCAUAGG